AUGUUACUUACACCUUUGGUUCGGUUACAAACCGAAACGGUUCUGGGCUGGCAUCUAUCCGGAUCUCCUCCCAGAGCGAGCCUGUUCAGUUCUCCUCCAGUCCAGCAGAGGGCGCUACGCGAAGAGGCUCUCGGUCUCCUGGAGGAGAUGUUUCCCCGGUUCGGCGGUGGUUUGAUUAGGUGUUUCAAGCAGAUUCGGUUCGAACCUCUAACCGGUGUUCCUGCAGCUGACUUCGUCGCGGUGUUUAGCUGCUCAUCUUGGUCCACCCGCCGGUCCUCCAGAACCACAGCGAUGCCCCGGAAGCAGAAAGAGAUGAAAGGACAGGUGAAGGCGGCUGUAGGUGGAACCGCAGAGACACCGGAUUCUGGUCCGGUAACCCGUGACAAGAGCGGAUCGGUAUCCAUCACAGUGCACGCGAAGCCGGGCUCCAAACACAGCAGCAUCACAGAUGUUUCCACUCAGGCUGUUGGCGUCUCCAUUGCAGCACCACCUACAGACGGAGAAGCAAACACAGAGCUUGUCCGCUACCUUGCAGAAGUCCUGGAGCUGAAGAAGAGCCAAAUUUCACUGGACAAGGGUUCUAGAUCCAGAGACAAAGUCAUCAAGGUGGACUCCUCGUUGGAUCCAGAGGAGGUGCUAAAGAGGCUCCGGCAGGCAGCCGGCUGAUCGGCAAAGACUGGGUGGAAGAAGGGUUUUAGUUAUUUUCUGAACAGUCAGAUGGACCAGUAAUGGAUCUGUGGGACUGGAACUUCUCCCACAUUGAGAUCAAUAUCAUCUUUCCAUCCUUCAAUUUUCUAAAUAACAGAUUCUUCCGAGGAUGGAGCUGGAAAAACAUGAAGUGAGAAGAAAAAACGACUUGAAAACUACUGUCAGGUCUCUGAAGUGGCAACAUGACGCUGGUUAGAGCUUUUCCACAGAGUCAUGUGGAAAGGGUUGUGUGUAAUCAUGGAAAACAGGUGGAUUUCCAUCCUUAAAAACAGAACCUAUUAUACAAAGUUCACAUUUCUGUACUUCCGUUUGGAUCUCUGAUGCUUCUAAAAAUGCCCAGAUGUUUUUUGGUAAUAAGUUCAUAUAUUUUGGUGUCUAGAAAAUGAGCCAUUUUCAAAAACUUUCUGAAUGCAACAUCUCAAAUCAGCAGGCACUGACCUUCACCUAGUGACCCCUAGUUCCAGCAGAGUUCUGCCCAUCACCUAGCAACCCAAGCUGAGCUCCAGUAUGAAAUAAGUCAUUUUCAAAUAAAGACUUAACUGAGCUCCA